AUGACAUUAAAAACUGACUGUCAGGAGGACUUCAAAACAGAAGAUAACUUUACUUUGGAUUUCUUUAGCAAUAUGGGCUCAUCAGCUGUUCUGUUACAAAGCUACUACUUAUAUUCCGCCUUGCUGGCGUUAAUGGUGCUGGGAAUGCCAUUCAUAGCGUCGGUGCUGUCCUGUCCGGGGGUACAGGGCCGCGUGUGCGUGAGCGAUUUGAAGCAGCUGACUCCAUUCUGGCUGAUAGCGGCGUUCUAUACAACUACCUCUCCGGAUGUCACGACUGCUGUUUGCCUGUUCCGAAUGUUCGUCGCAACCAAGUUUAUGAACCUUUUGGGUAUGGCCACACCGACGCCGCGGUGCGUCGAAGAAGCUGCGUUCGCGAUGUCCGUCGCUAUCACCACCUACAUGGGAGUCAUGGUUGUUUAUGCGUAUAGAGAUGCAUUUUGAUAAUAUCUUGGUAAAGUGUGCUGUUGAGUCAAGGUAACAAAAUUUAAAAGUGCUUUUUGGAAAAA